CACAAUCAGCUGGUCUAAAAAUCAAUUGUCCAACCAUUAGGCAUGGCGCACAGAACGGCAACCACGCUCUGCUGUCAAGCCAUCACCGUACUUGCGUUUAUGCUACAGUGGACGGGCACAUUCUCAGCCUAUGUGUAUGACCGCUGUGGAAACAACAACUCCAUAGCGGAUAAGGUGCAUCGGGAUAUCCCCAACCCGAAUCACCUUGGCAACCUCACCAGCUGCAGUCUGAGUGCAAACACCUACUCAUCUGAUUACUGCAUUGUGGCCGCAGUGCUGACUGUUGUUGGUGCUUUCUUCUGCUUCUUCGGUUGUCGCUUCUUCAAGGUUAUCCUGUUUUUCAUCGGUGUCCUGUUAGCCGGAGGUUUGGUCUUCUUUCUCAUGUUCAAUCACCUGCCUUGUGAAACACCCCACUUUGGCUGGGUCAUCAUCGGUGUCUCCGCAGCUGUUGGGCUCCUGGCCGGGACGGCUACCGUGUGUCUGUUUGUUGUCGGUGUCUUCGCUAUCGGUGCCGCUGCUGGUGCGCUGCUCAUGCUUAGCUUCCUGUCCGUCCUGAACAGCAAGUACAUCGAGACGCAUCAAUGGCUACCGAUUGUCUUGGUCAUUGCACUGGCUUUGGUGUUUGGGAUCAUUGCACUGAAGCUGAAGGAACGCUUUGUGGCUAUACCUUGCACUGCUUUCAUCGGUGCGGUGAUGACUACGUACGGCCUGGACUACUAUGUGGAGAAUGCCGCAGCCGUGCAAUAUACCUGGCUACUGAUGGAGGGGAAGUCCCCGCAUCUCAAGUGUGUUCAGACAUGGGUCAUGUUGACGGCCGUUUGGCCACUGCUGUUGAUCGCUGGACUUCUUGUGCAAUGCCUCAAGACGGGAAAGAAGAAGGACGAGGAUGAGGAGGAUGGAGAUGGCGAAAGACGAGGAUAUCGCCGCCGUGGGUCCAAGCAAGAAAGAGGUCAUCUGAUGAGGGACAUUGGUUAAGGAAAUGCCACUGCCAUGAAUAUCAUUCCAUGCCACUCUUGAAGCACCGAAUCUCUCCAUCAUCCCGUCCAGUCUGCCACCCGCUUGUCCAACUACAUGCCAUGUGCCUACCUUUUUUACCAUGAUCAACCUGAAACAAGGUACCGAGCUAUCUGCUAGCUUAAUUUGUGCAGUGUGUGCACGACCAUCUAGAUUAUCGCCUUUGCACACAUCAAAAGUCAGUAGACGUUUACUAUAUUCUCGUGUUCUCUCAGUCUCGAUAAACUAGCUAUCUUGUUCAGUGUACACUUCUAGUCUGGGUUUCAAUCUCCUUUUUUGUAUCCACCGUAUCGGCAGUUACUCAGUUUCUCUUCACUUCUGUUGCCUCCCCUCACUCCUCUAUGUUGAAGUUUAUCGAUUCCUAUUCUCUUUGCCAAGUUCUACUUUAUUUUUAAGUAACAGUUUAUCUUUAUUUCGCGCCGUUCUCUUCGUCAAAGCACAUAAAUCUCCGACUGUAUUUCAAUUUCUACAGAAUUUUUCAGCACCGGGAAGUGCAUUUAAUCACCUGGCAGCUGCAUUCAGUUCAUUGGGCACUAUUUGCGUGCAAAAGGACGCGUUCCUUUGUUAUCAUUCUGUUUUCCCUUUCCUCUAGAUAGGAAAGCAGUGCUGUCAGCUCUGACAGGUAAUUAUGUUGUAUUCUUGUUUAUACUCGCGUUUUCGCAUCCUAUUUUUCUGUCAACUGCCUCGAGCCACCUAUUGAGAGGUGGCCGCCUGGA